CCUACCGCGUCACUCAGCCACACGCACGCUGCUCCCCCCUGCAGAAUGACAUGCCAUAGCAGGAGCUCAGUCCCGUUUCAUUCUGUUUUAAUUCACGUCUCCGCCUCCACCAGUUUUUCAACCGCGCCCCCGGAUCCACUGCCUGAAGUGUCACCCCGGAAGGAAGCGGUUCUGUAGCAGCGUAAGCCCAGAAAGCUGGCCCCGUGUUGGGGCAUUGUGUAAUGAGGCGGCCGGUGUCACGGCUGGUGCUCGUGUGCUUGGUCUGUGGCUUUUGCUCGCUGCUGUACGGUCUCACGCAGAGAGGCGGCGACGACACCGAGGCACAGGGGCCCCCAGCAGCCUCCUCCUCGCGAGUGUGGCGGGCAGAGCCGGGACGGCAGCAGCAAAGGUGUAAGGAUUCCUCUGUCACUUACUGGAAUCCGUAUUGGAUGCUGCCUACUGGUGUAUGUGGAAAGGACUGCUUAUGGGAAGCUGCAUUUAGGUACAAUCUUCCUGUGAAACAUGACUUGGGUCCCAUGCACUUGGCUGUUGUGGCUUGUGGAGAACGGCUGGAAGAGACUGUUACAAUGCUGAAAUCUGCACUUAUUUUUAGCAGAAAACUCCUACACUUUCACAUUUUUGCUGAAGAGCCACUGCAUAAUGACUUCAACACAAUUCUCAGCAGUUGGGAAUUUCAUCAGAAGUUUAAGUACACAUUGUACCCUAUAUCCUUUCCUAUGGAGAAUGCAGCAGAAUGGAGGAAACUGUUCAAGCCCUGUGCAUCCCAGAGGUUGUUUUUGCCGUUAAUACUCAAAGAUGUGGACUCCUUGUUGUAUGUUGACACAGACAUCUUGUUUUUACGUCCAGUGGAUGACAUUUGGUCCUUUCUCGGUCAGUUUAAUUCUUCCCAGAUUGCUGCUAUGGCCCCAGAGCAUGAAGAACCACGCAUAGGAUGGUAUAACCGCUUUGCCCGGCACCCCUUCUAUGGAAAGACUGGCAUUAAUUCUGGAGUAAUGUUAAUGAAUAUGACCCGUAUAAGAAACAAACGUUUUAAGAAUGACAUGACUCCUGUUUCCUUGCAUUGGGGGGAUAUCCUUAUGCCAUUGCUGAAGAAGUAUAAGUUAAACAUAACUUGGGGGGACCAGGAUCUAUUGAAUAUUGUCUUUUCUCACAACCCAGAAAGUCUUUUCAUCUUCCCAUGUCCGUGGAAUUAUCGUCCUGAUCACUGCAUCUAUGGAAGCAAUUGUAACAAAGCUGAAGAUGGAAUUUUCAUCCUUCAUGGGAACAGAGGUGUAUACCAUGAUGAGAAACAGCCGGCUUUCCGAGCCGUGUAUAGAGCACUAACAAAUUAUACUUUUGGAGAUGACCUCAUCCAUUCUUUGUUAUAUCCUUUAGAACUGGAAUUACAGAAAACCUUACAUACCUACUGUGGCAGGAUACAUAAACUGUUCACCAAACAGCUGGCAAAAAGCAUUGACGACCUCUAUACAAGGCAAUCAAAUGUAAGGUGAUGCCUUUAGCUAAGCUCUAUUAAGUGUAAACUAAAUAGAAUUGCAGAAAGAACAGAGCUGCAGUGAUCAUACGCUUCUGUUCAGAGGAAGCACUACAUGCUGUGUAAACUUUUUUACUGGAAACUAUUGUGCCUGUCCAUGAGAAAUGAGCAAAUGCUUUUGGAAUAUCCUACUGUUUUUGCAUAAUACUGUAUGUGAAUGCGGGUUGUUUAUAGUUUUUAAUGGUGUAAAUGAUUUUUCAUGAAUGUUUUUGUAGCUUGUAUUCAAGCCAAAUGAAGGUUAUGAAUUUAAAAAAAGAAUUUUAUCAAAUGUUAUAACUGUUUUAACACUUUUGUAUUCCACUUGUAGAUCGUAUUUUGUAAGAACCUUUUAUUUACGCAUAUUUCAGCAGGUUACAGAUUGGCAGAGUAGGGACUGUUGAGAAGAGAAUGCAAAGGGAACUACUGAAUGAUGAUCUCUGGAAGCAGAUUUGUUAAACACCAACAUGGAAACUAUGUGAAGUCCUACAACUAGAAUAUUUUAUAUUUACUUGAGAAAAGCACAAAGGCCUAAUUAUUGGUCCUUUUUAGUAUACUAUGGUACAUUAUUUUUCAACCAUGGCAAUUGUUUUGUAGUAGUUACCGAUUCCUUAAUGUGCUUCAGCCUGGUCUUCCUGAAUUCCUUAUUCAGAAUUCUAAAGAAAAGUUACAUACUGUAAUGGCUACUGUAUUAUGUACAUCUUUCUAGUUUAUAGAUUAGAAUUCCUUUACUCACCCCAGCCUGAAUUCUUCAUGGAAUAGAUUUUAAAAGGGGCUUGAAACAUUCUUUAAAGAUUGUCUUCCAUGUUGAAAUUAUAGAAUUUGUUCUGCAACAUAUUAAAUGUGUUCUAAUGGACUUCCAAUCUUUAACUGUCCAAUAUCGUUGAGCCUGUGCCUCACUGUAGUCUCCAUUUCCUGUUCUUAACUGGAAAGUCCUGUGGUUUCUGCAGCCUUGUCAGCUCUGACCAUUCUCCCCUGACCUCUCACAGUACUUCCGUUCACCUGAUGAUUUUUAUUUUGCUCACCAUUUUCUGUAAGUUGAUAAAACUGUUGUGCUUGAAAACCCCAGGAGAUACUCAAACCACCCCGUCUGGCACCAACAACAUUACACUGUCAGUUACUUAACAUUUCUUUUCAAUUGUGAUAUUUGGACUGAACAAUAACUUGAGUUGUGCCAUGAUUAGAUCUUCACAUUAAGUGGUUACUGGGUAUUUGGUUUACAGUUUUCCUUUUCUAUGCAUACUGUACCAUGGAAAAAUGAACCCUUGACGUGUUAAAAACA